AUGAAGAAUACAUGGGGAAUGGUUGUAGCUGUUGCAGCGUUUCUCAUUCAGUUUAUAAUAUUUGGAAUCUGCCUCUCCUUCGGUAUCUAUGUUAUAGAACUACAAAACGAGUUUGAAUCAGGACUAUCGAUAAUUUCAUCUAUUGGAUCCAUCCACUUUGGCUUUCUAUUUUGUACAGGACCAUUUGCCAGUUUUCUAAUGCGGAAGAUAUCUUACAGAAGGGUUUGUUUACUGGGCGCCAUAAUGAGCAGUGUUGGUCUAUCUGUUUUACCAUUUACUCCAAAUAUUCCCUUUUUAAUUGUGUUCUUCGGAGUAUUAACGGGUACUGGCUAUUGUUUUCUCUACAUUCCAUCUCAUACUCUUUCUGGACUCUGGUUUGAAAACAAUCGAGGUCUAGUUACAGGUAUCGUCACAUCCGGAUCCUCACUUGGUGGCGUGGCGUUUCCAUAUCUGAUUGAAUUUUUGAUUGGGAGGUUUGGAUGGAGAGGUUCCUUUUUUAUUCUUGCCUCGCUGAAUUUACAAACGGUUGUUUUCUCCUGUCUAAUGAGAGAAUCACCCAUGCAAAAGGCAUGGGUAAAAUCAAGAACUAAGUAUGUCAGCAAUAAUCUCACCAACAGUACACAGACAAUCUUUACAAUCCAUGAAGAUGGAAAUGAAUUCAUAAACAAUGGAACAAUAUUUGAAAAUUGUGUUCCAAUACAAACUGUUGCAGACCAAACUAGAAUCGACAAACAAAUUAAACAUACAGUAAAAAGAUCAAGAAUGAUGAAACUACUUACUAACUUACCAUUUGUUCUAUUUAUGAUAAAUAAUCUUAUGUGGAAUUUAGGUUGCUCUGUACAAUUGCUUCUUGGGCCAGACUACUACACUAAAAUUGGUUUUGCCUUAAGACAAGCAGCUGUGCUCUUAUCCGUUCAGCAAGGUACAAUGGUGGGUGGUUGUGUCAUCGGUGGAAUUCUGGGUAAUUUCCGCAGCCUAAACAGAAACGGUUUAUUUUUAAUCUCAAACAUUUUAUCGGGUUUCUGCAUACUUACCUACACAUUUCCAGUUCUACAAACGAUGGCGGGUCUUGCUAUAAUCAACUCUCUGUUUGGAUUGAGUUCGGGGAUAAGUCUUGGAUUGCUCGUCAUUCUUGUAUCGGAUUUUGUCGGAAGUCAACUGAUUGGGGACGGAAUGGGAUAUCUGAUGUUAGCAUCUGGAAUAGGAAUGUUCAUUGGGCCACCAUUAGGAGGUUACCUGAUAGAAAAGACAGGAUCCUAUGAUGUCGCCUUUUACCUCAGUGGAACUGCUACCUUGUUCAGCGGAGUAAUAUUGUUAAUCAUUCCAAUCAGAGGUUGUUUUCAGAAGUCCAAGAAAUACGUCAUAUCAUCUGUUACCUGAAGAAAUGUGUGAAAUAGAAGUAAAUAUUUUUAUAUGUUGCCAAAAAAAAAAAAAAAAAAACAACACCAACAACAACAACAAAAAAAAAACAAAGAAACAUAACCACGCAAUGACUUUAUCAAUCGGUUAUUAAAAAAAAGUAGAGAGAGAAAGAGACUGAAACACUGACCAUGCAUGAUUUAACGUUCAUUUAGGAAGCUGCACUUCAUCUGUUGCUCUACACAAAAAGUUUUAGGAUCAAUGUAUUUUAAAUAUAUAUGUGCAUAAUUUUAUUAAGUUUUUUUUAUUUUUUUUAAAUCCUGAGGAUCAUUCAGGGGGUUUUGUAUGAGUUUUAAAUGCAAAUCACUUCUAUGAAACACCAGAAAGAAAACACCUUAGACCCUUCACACUCAAAUCCCAAAAUGAUACUUGUCAACAUAUUUAAGAAGGCUCAAUACAAUUUUUUUUAAAAAUAUAUAUGCAAGAAUCAUUUUUUUUCUACAUUCACUAUAGAGUAUAAGAUAUUGUAGAGAGUAACUAAUAUAAAUUAUAUAAGAAGAUAUGGCUGAAAUACUGCACACGCGGCUAUAAAACAAUAGAUAAUCAUAAUCUAAAAUAACAUUACCAUAAAAAUCAUCAUUCUUAACAGUAGAUAUUUUACAGGCAAAUUAACAUUGGUUAUUGCUUUUCUUCAUAACUAUUUUAAAGAUGG